CGGAGCAAACCAAACACAGCCGCAAGCCGAAACUCGGGAGGAAAGCUGACGCUCCAAAACAUGGAGUGUCGCCCGGCCGACGGGGCGCCCGAUAGUGCGCUGAUGUAGUCGGAGAGGGUUUUUUUUUCCUUCUUCUUCUUCUUCUCUCAACGAAAAGAUUUGGCUUCUACUUUUUUUUUCUUCUUCUUUCCUUUUUUUUUUUAAUCGCUUCUAUCGAUACACAUCUGCAAUGAUGCGGGUCGCGGAGCGGAGUAGGACCGCUGCGAUCGUACUCUGCCUUCUCGGGUACCAUGUGUCCGAAGUGGUUAGCAAAACGCUACGGGAGGACAACGCCGUCGAAGAGGUGACCCUGAAGGUUCACCUGAGCGACGCCAGCACCCAGAAGCCCCUGGGAGGGGCAACCAUCGAGCUCUUCACCAACCACACCUCUGUGACCACGGAGACCUCGUCGGCUGAUGGCAACGCCUACGUUCGUUUCCCCUACCGCCUCGGCACGCUGCUGGUCGUCACUGCAACCAAACAGGGCUAUGUGCCAAACUCGGUCCCCUGGACUCCUUCCAAACUGCCUGUGUUCUCAUCAGUCAGUCUGGACCUUCUGCCAGAGCGAGCUGCCACUUUGAUGGUGUACGACGACGUCGUCGAGAUCGUGUCUAGCUUCCAAGGUUUGAGGGGAAAGCCCUUGGUUCAGUUCCAGCGCAGAGCCCUGAGUCUCCCUCCCGGCACGUCCUACACCAACCUGACUGCCCUGCUCACCGUGGCCAGCUCCCCCGGUCACAUCCAACACUUCCCGUACCUGCAGGGGCUGGGCGGGAACGGUACAGGGGGCGAGGGGAGGUUUGACUUGACCCCUGUGGCAGCCAUUUCUGUUCACCUAUUGGCCAGCGAGGGAGUGGAGCUGCAGGUGAAUGAGCCAAUCAGCAUCUGCGUUCCUCUGCCUGCCGACAGUGGCCUGAAGGAGAACGAUCACAUCCCUGCCUGGAGAUUUGACCCUCGCCUGGGGGCCUGGUUAAAGAGCAGUCUGGGCUAUGUGCAAAGGAAUGGCGAGCAGCUCACUCUGACCUACAUUGCUCCUCAGCUUGGAUACUGGGUGGCCGCCAUGUCCCCAUUACACUCAGGUCCUGUAAUGGCGAAGGAUAUCAGCACCUACCAUACCGUGUUUUUGCUGGCCAUACUGGGAGGCAUGGCUCUCAUCCUGCUCCUCCUCCUCUGUCUCCUUCUGUACUACUGCAGGCGUCGCUGUUUGAAGCCACGUGGGUCCCAUCGUAAACUGACGCUGUCCCCUGGUCUGGAUGGCAGUAAGAGAGACCAGGCCACCUCCAUGUCCCACCUCAACCUCAUCAGCAACGAGGUGCAACUGGAGCUGGUUUCCACCGCAACUGAGCCAGACAUGACCACGCCGAUGCUGAAACCCUCUUCGUAUGAGCAGCAUGACAAUCAUCAUCAUCAUCAUCAUGAUCUUAUCUCCCACGGAAAACACAGCCGCUCAUCUCUAGGCAACAACAGCAGGCAUGGCUCAUCACUAGGCAACCUGACGCCCCGUAGCAGAGACUACCGGCAGUCUGUGGAGACGUUCCAGUUAAAAGCCCCUCUCUCCACAGGACUAGACAGGAGCUACCGCCAAUCAUACACCUCAGUCUGUUCAUCUGUCAACCAGAUAUCCAAUGGACUGUCCUCAGCCAAUCCUGCUCUGGUGUCAGCUGGCCAGCUGAGCAAUGCUGGGAUCUGUGAUGGCCCCUCCCCUGCUUCUCCUCCUCACUCCCCCAGCAGAGGGGAGGGAGGUGAGUGUAGACCCCCUGACUACCUCCUGUCCCGGUCUGUGGACCACCUGGAGCGUCAAACCCCCACUUCCCUCUCUCGGCCUGGCCAGCUGCUGUGCUGUGGCUCCGUGGACCUGCUCAGCAGUGGAGAAGGCUACCCAAGGGUGCGUCCCACACUGGUGAUCCCAGCCCACUAUAUGCGCCUGCCGGGUGAGCAUCCUCUGUGUGGUCAGGCCCUCCUACUGCAGACUGAUCAGCAGAGUGAUCUGGAAACAAUUCAGGCUGAGCUCAAUGCCUCACAUUCUCAGCAGCCCCUGGGGCAGUCCCCCUCCGGCUGUACCCCUGGUUCUGCCAAGCAAAGCAACGGGGAAGGACUGAGCUUGUCAGAAUCUCUGUCUAUUCCCACGGCACUUGGGGAAACAGCACUAGUGGAAAUCAACAGUGAGGACACCCUGCUGGCUGAGAAGACCUUAAUGGAACUAAGGGGAGGGAAGCCCCUCCCACACCCACGAGCCUGGUUCGUCUCAUUGGAUGGUCGCUCCAACGCCCACAUUCGCCACUCCUACAUCGACCUUCAGCGGGCUGGUUGCCCCAGCAAUGCACCAGGAAGCGCAGGAGGUCGGCAAGGGGACAGCAGUGGGGGGAGGCGUGGCAACAGCCACGACGCCAGCCUGGACUCAGGUGUUGACCUGAACGAGCCGAGGGUCGGCCGCCGGGGAAGGGAGGGAGAGCGGGAGGAGAGGGAGAAUGAAAAGGUCAGAUCUAAAGGUGCCACCAUGGCCUACACCCAGCUGGUAUACGUGGAUGAUCUCGAUGGGGGAGGUAGUGAGGAGGAGACACCCAAGUGCAGCCCCCAGGACAGCACAAUGCCCACCUCUGUGUCUGAUAAGGCACAAGGCCACCAAGGUGAUUUGGGACCCUCGAAAGGAGAAGGUAGCGGAGUAGAGGGGGUCCAAAUAAAGGAAGAGGUCUCCUCGUCUUUGUCCUCCUCCCCUGCCUCUCCUCCUCCCCUGCCGACACCAGAAGGUGUUACUUUCAGGACUGAGCAUUCAUUGCUGUCAGUGUCUCCAGACGACGAUGUGCCACACGACGACGGAGAGGAAGAAAAGAAGAGUCCUUGGCAGAGGAGAGAAGAGAGACCCCUAUUGGCGUUCAACCUCAAAUGACCCAUGUCCAUCCGCUAACCGCAAAAC